CACCAGGGCACACCGACCGCAAGCAUCAAUCAAUUUUAGCGCCGUUUGUUGCAAGUUGUUAGAAAUCAAGAAAAAGCAAUCAUCAAUUUCCGUCAGAUAAUCCCGGCUGUGUGCGUGCGUGCGUUGUGGUGAGGUGUGAAACAGGUGUCCAAGUCUAUCAACAGCCACACAGAAUGGGCGAACAACCGACCGUUUCCUUGGAGGCGCUUCAAUCCGCCGGCAAUACGCUAGAACGCCACGGUUCCAUCGAUGCCGAUGUGCCGGGUUUACUAGAGCUGACGGGAGUAACGCAAGCCGGCACCCCGACUGCAAGCGGCUUGAGCGACUUUGACUACCAGCAGCUGGCCAACCUGUCGAUGGGCUUCAAGGACCUGAAUCAGCUGUGCACGGUCAACAAGGUUCCUAUACCGUCGGAAAUAAUGGAACAUUUUAACCAUAUAAAAUGUCACUGUAUGAUGGGACUGUUUCCCGAAAUUGGACGUGCGUGGCUUACAAUCGACACGGACUUAUAUAUCUGGACGUAUGAAAAUGCACGCGAUGUGGCCUACUUCGAUGGGCUGUCCCAGGUGAUCAUAAGCGUCGGGCUGGUGACGCCCAAGCCGGGCCUGUUCGUGGCGGACGUAAAGUAUCUGCUGAUUCUAACGACUCCGAUCGAAAUCGUCGUGCUCGGCGUGACGUUCGGUGACGCAAACAGCGGGACGCCCAACCGCAGCAUGACCGCGUCCCAGGGCACUGAGGAGAUGCAGCUAAUGCACACGCCCAUUUUCGUGCUCAACACGGACAACGUUGCCAUCAUGUGCGUGCAGGGUACGGAGGAUGGGCGAAUUUUCCUCGGCGGCCGGGACGGUUGCCUGUACGAGGUGGCGUACCAGGCGGAAUCGAACUGGUUCGGCAAGCGGUGCCGCAAGAUCAACCACUCGCAGGGCUUGAUGUCCCAUCUGGUGCCGGGCAUCUUUAAAAUAUUCACCGAAACCGACUCGGUGGAAAAGAUUGUGGUGGACAACACGCGCAACUUGCUGUACGUGCUCAUGUCGAAGGGUUCGAUCGAGGCGUGGGACAUUGGGAAGGACGCCGGAAGUACGCGACGCAUCGCCCGACUGUCGUACAAGGACAUCAUCGCGAGUGCGAGCGCCAUUUUGCGCACGAUCGAUCCGUCCGUGUUUCAUCCGAUCACCGCCAUCUGCCCACUAACGGCGGAAGACUCGUCCAGUUUGCAUCUGGUGGCGAUUGCGGAGAGUGGCGUCCGGUUCUACUUCUCCACGGUACCGCUACACCUGCACGGGUUCUACAUCCAGCAGCAGCAAAUGCUGCAACAGCAGCAGCAGCAACAGCAGCUACUGCUGCAACAGCAGCAACUUCAAAUGCAGCAACAGCAAACGCCACUCUCGCUGCAGCAGCAGCAGCAGCAACAGCAGAACCUUGCCGCGAAUCAGGCACUGCAGCAGCAAAACGCCAACCUGCCCGAACCGCCGCAGAGUAAGCCGCAGGGUUUGUAUCUGCUGCACGUGCGCGUACCCCCGGGAACGACGGGCAAUUUGCUGCUGACCAAACCGAAGCUAGUCCAUUCGGCGCACUACGUGAAGGGUUCGCUGCUGCUGAUAUCGAGACAGCAGCAGGACCAGGAUAUGCUCACCUGCCUCAGCUCGGAGCAGUUCCAGUCGCAGCUUAAUCUGGUCGAGUCCACCACCUACAUGCCACUGGACGGGCAGGUGUGGGCCAUCGCCGACGUGUUGCGCAAGGAUCGCGUUUCGAUUUCAACGCCGCUGCGUACGGCACAGAACCCGCGGAAGGUGGCGCUGCUAACGAACCAGGGCGUGCACAUCGUGUCGAUACUGCAAUCGGUGGACAUACUGCAGCAGCUGCUCGUUGGUUGCCACGGUCCGCACAACGAUGCCGUCAAGACGUACUUCAGCAAGCAGACGGAACCGGAAGCUUGCGCCACGGCACUGCUGCUCGCCUGCCGCGAAUCGUUCCGCGGUACCGAGCUGGGCGAUUGGGCGGCCCAGGCGUUCGUGCUGUAUGGCGGCGAACCGUACUUUGAUGCAGCCAUCGUGAGCGACAAUAGACAGCUCGGCUUUAAUUCUCCCAUUGCCGGGGCCGGGGGUUACGGUGGUGGGGCGAUGGAUUCGACGGUGCCGCAUAAUGCCAACUUUGGACCGGGUGGACGACUGUUUGCUUCCACGCCGUACUCGACGCCCGGGCGUGGUGGUAUGGUGUCGCCGGUACAUCAGCAGCAUCACCCUCACCAGCAACAUCAGCAGCAGCUGCAACAUCCUUCGAUGUACGUUGGUGGAUCGCCGCAGCAGAAUUUAAACAACAACAACGAAACGGCGGACGGAUCACUGUUUCACUACUCCGCCAAGCAUGCCGGACUGUAUCUGUACAUGAGUCGUGUGCUGCGCUGCAUUUGGCGCAAACCGUGCGUGGACGAGCGACUGUACUCGACCAUCUCGCAACAGGACUGUGUGGUGCUGCUGGAGGAUCUGUACGCCAUCCGACGGUUCCUGGAGAACGUGACGGUGAGCAACCUGCUCGGGUACACCGGUGGUCGCAGCAACGGAACGUCUGUACGAGCAGGAAGUCUCGGAGCCUCAUUCGCUCAAGGACAGUCCGGCCUGUUAGUGGGUGGCGAGAGAGGUGGAUACGGUAGUUUUAUGUCCUCCCAACCCGGCUACAGCAUAGGAGGAGGUGCCGGUGGAGCUGCAUAUGCUCAGACCAAUGCUGCCAUAUCGCAGAAAAACUGCACGGAGGAAGCGUUGCUGGAGGAACGAAAGUCGCUGGAAGCGUUAGUGCGAUUAAUAAAACAAGCGUGCGAAGUGGUCGGCCUGUGGAAGGUGAUCUGCGAACACCAGUGCCAUCUGUUGGUGGGUAAGCUAACGAAGGAAGAGCAGAGCAUACUGCAGGCGUGCACGUUCCGCGAUUUGAUUCUGUCGCGCAUCGACGUCUGCGGGUUGCUGAUUGUGACGCUGAUCAACUCCUACCUGGCGGACAAUGCAAGCGUCGGCUCGAUCUCUUCCAAGCUGCGCGAGGUGUGCCCCACGCUGUACCGCCACGAGGAUGCCGUUUCGCACAAGGCGACCGAAAUUCUGCUCCUAUCACGCGGCUGCACCGACCGCGACAAGAAGGAGGAGCGCCUGCGUACGGCGCUGCAGCUGUGCAAGAGCGCCGCACCGAAUCUGCCGCUCGCCGCACUGUGCCAGCAGUUUGUGUCGGCCGGGUUUUACAGCGGCGUGAUCGAGCUGUGCACCGUGUGCGCCGCCAAGAGUGACCCGAACGAGGUCGGGCUGCAGUUUUACCGCAACAACGAGGCGAUGGACAAUCAGGAAGGGUUCCUCGCGUUCCAGAGCAGGAUGAACUGGUACAGCGAGGUGAAGGUGAUGCUGGACAACGUGUACGAGGUGGCGGGAGGCAACGGCAGCGGCGCCGGUGCCGGUGGGCAGCAGCCGAAGCCCGACAGCAUCUAUCCGACGAUGGACGACGACGAGCAGCAGGAGCGGGCGGUGGCCGGCAAUCAGGAGGUGCUGACCAUCAUCGGACAAUCGCUGCAAAGCACGGACCAGCUCCUGCACAUCGCCAUCUACGAGUGGCUGCUGUCGAAGAACCUGCUGGCCGAGCUGCUGGAGAUCACCGAACCGUCGCUCGGCGUGUUCCUGAGCAGGGCGAUGGCCCGCACGCCGGACAAUCUGAUCGUGGCCGAUCUGCUGUGGAAGUACCACGAGCGCAAUGGGCAGCACGCGGCCGCCGCCAAGAUUCUGGACAAGCUUGCUAACGUGGCGAGCGAUAGUAUCAAUCUGCAGCAGCGCAUCGAGUAUCUGGCCCGGGCGGUCAUGUGCAUGCGGUCGGAGUCGGUCGGCUUUUCCGCCCACAACGGGGUGCUGCUGAAGGACCUGGAGGACAAGCUGGAGGUGGCGCAAAUUCAGCGCCAAGUGUACGAUGCGCUGGCCCUGCUGACCCAGCGCAGCAACGAACAGUACGAUGCGCUCAAGCUGCUCGACUCCAACCUGUACAACUUGACGCAGCUGUACUCCGACUUUGCGGAGCAGUACGAGCUGUGGGAGUGCAAGCUGACGAUACUGAACUGCUCGCACCACAACGAUCCGCUGCUGAUCGAGUCGGUGUGGACGCACAUCCUGGACCGGGAGCUGCAGGGGCGCGAAAGCUGCGCCGAGCGCUGCCGGCGGCUGCUGGCCAAGGUGAAGAGCCUGGCGCUCGAGUACGACAGCUCCGGGUGUUGCUUCCCAUUGGCAUUUAUCGUGCGCGAGGUGGAGAUUCGUUGCUUCCGGCUGGGAAUGUUUAAUUCGCCCGUCCCGGAAGCGCUCAUCGAGAUGAACCUGGACAUUGAGGAGCUGCUGAACAUUUACUCACGCCUCGUGUCGAUGAACGAACGUGUCUGGGUGACGGAGGAAGACGAGCUGUAUCUGAUCCGGUCCACCUCCGCGCUGCUUUCGCUGAUCGUCAAUCAGCCGAAGCUGGUCCCGCUGAAGGAUCGCCGGAAGGUGAUGGCCAAAUCGCAGGACCUUAUCGCGGCGGCACUGAACAUUCUCUACACCAAACCGGACACGCAGCCGCUGAUCGAUGUGUUCCGCGACACGCAAUCGAAGCUGCAGCGAAUUUUGUAAGCAAAAGUGUAAAGGGUAAAGACUAGUGCAGGAACAAAAAACAAAAAGACCAUGAACGGUGGUGGUGGCGGCGGCGGCGGUGAGUAGCGCACUCCCUCCAGGCGGUAGCAUGUCGCGUAGUAAGCGUGUGACACAGAUGGUGCCAGCCCGUACCGCUGCCAUCGCGUUCUGUCCGUUAGUCGGGAGCAAUGUUUUUUUUUGUAUGUUUUCAAUGUUUAUGUUCUUUUUUACGAAAAAUGUUAGUAAGUUCAAUCAAUCACAACAUAUAUUACGCCGUCGGAUCAUCGCGUUGCCGUGCGUAUACGCAGCAGCAACACGAAACUUAGAUAAUGUUUUCAGAAUAAAGUGAAUAUUGUAUAGUGUGUA